AUGGCCUCAGCAAUUGUGACAGGAGCGACCGGCAUUCUCGGAAGAGAAAUCGUCCGCCAACUCGGCCAGAGCCCGAAACAAUGGAAGACCGUUUACGCCAUGUCGCGCAGCAAAAAGGACAAGUGCCCGCCCAACGUCAAGCACAGCUUCAUUGACCUGACCGGCACCGCCAACGAGAUGGCCCAAAGUCUGGAUGGUAUCGAGGCGGAAUAUGUUUUCUUCGCUGCAUACUUACAGAAGGAUUCCGAAAAGGAGAACUGGGAUGUGAACGCUCUCGAAAAGACCGGCGCCGCGAAGAAGAUCAAGCGCAUCCUCCUCGUCACCGGCGCAAAGCAAUAUGGCGUACACCUCGGCGCCCCAAAGAACCCAAUGGAAGAGUCCGAUCCCUGGCAGCGCGACGACCCGCCCUUCCCGCCCAACUUCUAUUACCGCCAGCAGGACAUCCUUCACGCAUUUUGCAAGAAGCAUGGGAACAUCUCGUGGACGGUGACUUAUCCCAAUGACGUCAUUGGCUUUGCAAAGGGCAACUUCAUGAACCUUGCUACGUCGCUGGGCAUCUACGCCAUUAUUGCUAAGGAGCUCGGGAAGGAUCUCGAGUUCCCUGGUUCGGAGACGUUCUACACCAAGUUUGAUUCUUUCACGUCUGCGAAGCUUCAUGCCGAGUUCUGCGAAUGGGCUGUGAAGGAGCCAAAGGCGGCUAAUGAAGCAUUCAACGUCGUGAAUGGUGACGUUGAGAGCUGGCAAAAUAUGUGGCCCAAACUGGCCCGUCGCUUCGGGCUGAAGGUCAAGGCCGACCAGUUCUCAACAAAAUCCGAGCUUGCAACCUCGACUAUACUAAACGAGAAGCCGCCCAUCAGCUUGAUUGCUGAGCAGGCCGGUCUGGUGGGCAAGAUUGAGCCGAGCAAGUUGGAACAGCGAAUCAAUCUGACCAAGUGGAGCCAGCAGGAGGACGUUAAGAAAACAUGGGCGAAGCUCGCCGCGCGCGAAGGCCUCGAGAAAGAUGCCCUCGAGAAAGCCACUUGGGCCUUCUUUGGUUUCGUUCUGGGUCGCAAUUUUGACUUGGUCAUUAGCAUGAGCAAGGCGCGGGAGAUUGGCUGGACAGGAUACACUGACACCUGGCUGAAUCUCCAAGACGUUUUCAGACAAUUGGAAGCCGAGAAGGUCUUGCCCAAAAUCCAUUGA